ACACCACUAGUACUAUAAGUUUGACAAAAAACUAUGGAGCGGCUGACGACGACGACGGUGAUCCCGGACGCGUUUCAAGGGGCGAGAAACGACAUCGCGGGGCAAAUGGCGUUGGUUUGGGAGCAGGCGAAGGCGCCGGUGAUUGUGCCGGUGCUGAGAUUGUUGGUUGUGGUGUGCUUGGCAAUGUCUGUGAUGCUUUUCAUAGAGAAGGUGUACAUGGGAGUUUUUAUAACGUUUGUUAAGUUGUUUAGAAAAAGGCCCGAGAAGCGUUACAAGUGGGAGCCUAUCAAGGAUGAUGUUGAGCUUGGGAAUUCUGCUUAUCCCAUGGUUCUUGUCCAAAUCCCAAUGUACAACGAGAAAGAGGUUUAUCAGCUUUCAAUUGGAGCUGCAUGUGGGUUAUCGUGGCCAUCUGAUAGGAUCAUAAUUCAAGUACUUGAUGACUCAACCGACCCAACAAUUAAGAGUUUGGUGGAGUUAGAAUGCCAAAGAUGGGCAAGCAAAGGAAUAAACAUAAAGUACGAGAUAAGGGACAACAGAAAUGGGUACAAAGCAGGUGCUCUCAAGGAAGGCAUGAAACACAGCUAUGUCAAACAUUGUGAUUACGUGGCAAUCUUUGACGCUGAUUUCCAACCUGAGCCUGACUUUCUGUGGCGCACCAUACCAUUCCUAGUCCACAACCCUGAGAUUGGUCUCGUCCAAGCUCGUUGGAAGUUUGUUAAUUCGGAUGAAUGCUUGAUGACAAGGAUGCAAGAGAUGUCACUGGAUUACCAUUUCACAGUUGAGCAAGAAGUGGGGUCCACUGCGUACUCCUUCUUUGGCUUCAAUGGCACCGCUGGUGUAUGGAGACUUUCGGCCCUCAAUGAGGCCGGUGGAUGGAAGGACCGCACGACGGUGGAGGAUAUGGAUUUGGCCGUCCGGGCUAGUCUCAGAGGCUGGAAGUUUGUGUAUCUUUCUGACCUCAAGGUGAAAAGUGAAUUGCCAAGUACUUUCAAAGCUUUCCGGUAUCAGCAGCACAGAUGGUCUUGUGGCCCUGCAAACCUUUUCAAAAAGAUGGCCAUGGAGAUAGUAAGAAAUAAGAAAGUAUCCCCCUUGAAGAAGUUUCAUGUGCUUUACAGCUUCUUCUUUGUUCGGAAGAUCGUGGCUCAUAUUGUCACAUUCGUCUUCUACUGCGUCGUGUUACCGGCAACUGUUUUGGCCCCUGAAGUAGAAGUUCCCAAGUGGGGUGCUGUGUAUAUUCCUUCAGUCAUUACUUUACUUAAUGCAGUUGGAACUCCAAGGUAUCUUCUUCUCUCUGCUUGUACUUACAAAUCUCUUUUACCAUAUUUUAGUUUUGAAACAACUCUAAAGGACCACAAGUCUUACCUUGAGAGAUCUUACAGUGUAGUUCUCUUAACUCUAUUGCUUUUGAUGUACGCAAUGCAAUCCUGCAGAUCAUUCCACCUAUUGAUAUUCUGGAUCCUCUUUGAGAAUGUCAUGUCGCUGCACCGGACUAAAGCGACUUUUAUCGGUUUGUUAGAGGCAGGAAGAGUGAAUGAAUGGAUUGUCACUGACAAAUUAGGAGAUGCUCUCAAGACCAAAGCCGGCGCAAAGUCCUUCAAGAAGCCUCGAUUUAGGAUCGGAGAAAGACUCCAUUUACUUGAGCUCACUGUUGGGGCCUACCUCUUCUUCUGCGGGUGCUAUGAUCUUUCAUUCGGGAAGAACCGCUAUUUCAUAUACCUCUUCCUCCAAUCCUUUGCCUUCUUCAUCGCCGGAGUCGGAUAUGUUGGCACAUUUGUCCCCAGUGCUUAGUGGAGAGGAUAUCAGCAUCACAUGUCAGCUAUUCUUUUUCACUUCUCCAACAAAAUGUGAAGGCAUACAUUGCCCUCUCCUUCAGAUUUUCCUUCAGAUUGUAUUUGUGUUUAUAUUAUAUGAAUCAA